AAGAGGACCUCGGAAGAAAUGUUGCACUGUGCAAGACGACUUUCCCACUUUGGAGCAUUAAGAAGAUCACACAAGUCUCCAUGGCUUCUUUCUUCCUUCCUGUCUUAUUCGGACACCCCGAACAAGAAAACGAAGCAGGCCCCUCUACAGGAGAGGAGAAUGAUAGACAGAUUUAGACUAUGGGCUAAGGGAGGGACUGGCGGGAAUGGAUGUUACAGCUUUCACCGCAGUCGGCAUGAUCGCCAUGGCAAACCUGAUGGUGGGAAUGGUGGAAGAGGUGGUGAUGUGAUUUUAGAGUGCUCGUCUGCAGUGUGGGAUUUCAGCAGCCUGCAGCAUCACGCGAAUGCAAACAGAGGGGGGCAUGGAGCAUCAAAGAAUAAGAUAGGAAGCCGGGGGGCUGACAAGGUUGUGCAAGUACCUAUUGGCACUGUAAUUCAUCUCGUAGAGGGUGAGUAUCCUUCUUCUGUUGAGAACCGUUCUUUGAUGGUUCUAGAUCCCUGGGAGAUCCCUGGUACACUUGAGGCAUCUCAAGCGGAGAAGCAAACUGCAAAUAUUACCAGUACAGCAAGGGUAGUGGAAAGAAGGGAUGUUGAUGGUUCAUCUUCUAGCUUUGAGAGGAAGAACAGGAAAUCAUCUAGCUUGCAGAAGGUACCUAGGGAAUCAUCAAUGAGAUUUCUUUCUCAGGUUUCUCCUUUGAGUAAAGAAUACAAAGUUCACAGGGAAGAAUCUAUUGUCUAUUAUGAAGAGGUUGGUAGUGAAGACAUUGAAAUCAAUGAUGGUACAUCUGCAGCAGAAUGGGAAGAAGAAGAAAUGCAGGAAGAAGAGAUGGAAGAAGUACAAUAUAAUGUUGCAGAAUUAACAGAACCAGGGCAAAGAGUACUUGUUGCUCAAGGAGGAGAAGGUGGGCUUGGCAAUGUCUCUUCAGCAAAAUUUUCCAAGAACCACAAGUAUACAAAUUAUUGUAAUCAUAGCCCUAGUUCACCAGAUCUUGGGAUGCUAGAUGAUGAAGAUCAAUCCUCAUUCAGUGCCGGUCUGCCAGGAUCAGAGGCUGUUCUCAUAUUAGAACUUAAGAGUAUUGCUGAUGUAGGCCUUGUAGGGAUGCCAAAUGCUGGUAAAAGUACACUUUUAGGGGCCAUUUCAAGGGCCAAGCCUGCUGUAGGCCAUUAUGCCUUUACUACCCUAAGGCCUAAUAUAGGGAAGCUGAAUUACGAUGACUUCUUCUCAGUCACUGUUGCUGACAUUCCAGGGCUUAUAAAAGGUGCUCAUGAAAAUCGUGGACUUGGGCAUGCUUUUCUGCGACACAUAGAGAGAACAAAAGUUUUGGCUUAUGUAGUAGACUUGGUAGCAGCACUGGAUGGUAGAAAAGGUAUCCCUCCAUGGGUACAGUUGAGAGAUUUAGUUUUGGAACUUGAAUACCAUAGAGAAGGUUUGACGGAUAGACCUUCCUUGGUAGUUGCAAACAAGAUCGAUGAGGUAGGUGCAGAGGAUAUGUACGAAGAGCUAAAGAGAAGGGUGCGAGGUGUACCCAUUUUUCCUGUCUGUGCAGUCUUGGAAGAGGGCAUAACAGAGCUAAAAGCAGGCCUUAGAAUGCUUGUAGAUGGUGGAGAAUCAAGGAGGCUUCAGUUAGAUGGGAUUAUGCUUGACUAGUUCACUAACAUGUUUCCAAACAUGGGCAUCCAAUCUUUAACGCUAAAUUUUUGUGAUGACUUCGGAGAGACCAUAGCUUCUUUUAGUUUAGGGAAUGGGUAACGAUGAUCUUCUUCCAUACUGUUGCAUUGCCUGUCGACGCUUAGAUUGGUACAUCGAAUGGAGCUUGAUUGAUUGAUUGGAAACUGGAUGACUGAGCUCCAUGGUACGCUGAUGAUUGGUUUGAUUGGAUUUCUUGUUGAUUAAUACGCCAGAAUGGUUACUAUAAUAUUGUUUGAUCCGUUGUUAGUAACUUCUCAAAGGCUUCAUGAUCAUUUUCACACUGAAAAGCCAUGUAUUCUGAUGUGAACUUUUGAUAUCACAGAGAAACAAAGAGAACCUGAAUGAACGAUUGUUUAGUGUUAAUGAGAAAUGUUGGCGAACCAAAAGGUCCU